UCUCUGCAGCCUCCAGCCAAGUUCCUCCUGCCUGAGGUCAGCAUAGAUGAUUAUGGCAAGAACUGUGUGGUGAUCGACCUGGAUGAAACCCUUGUACACAGCUCUUUUAAGCCCAUCAGUAAUGCAGAUUUUAUCGUCCCAGUAGAGAUCGACGGCACUGUUCAUCAGGUAUAUGUGUUGAAGAGACCCCAUGUUGAUGAAUUCCUCCAGAAGAUGGGGGAGCUGUUUGAAUGUGUUCUCUUCACAGCCAGCUUGGCCAAGUACGCUGAUCCUGUGGCAGACCUGCUGGACAAGUGGGGGGUGUUUCGCAGUCGGCUCUUCAGGGAAUCUUGUGUUUUCCACAGAGGAAAUUACGUCAAAGACCUCAGCCGGCUGGGUCGAGAGCUCCAAAAAGUCAUCAUCAUAGACAACUCGCCUGCCUCGUACAUCUUCCACCCUGAGAAUGCAGUCCCAGUGCAGUCCUGGUUUGAUGACAUGACAGACACAGAGCUGCUGGAUCUGAUCCCUUUGUUUGAGGGUCUCAGUAAAGAGGAGGACGUUUACAGCCCUUUACAGACCUUGAGGAACAGGUAGCAGAAAAGAAAGUGCUUCUUCAGGGGGAAGCUUCACCUCUCUGCCACGGUCCUUCAGCCCCGCUCCCUUUUUCCUAUCAGGAGGGCAGCCAGUCUGAGCAUUCAAGGCAAACUGCUUUGAAUUUUAAGAAAAAUCAUUUCAAUGACUGUGGAUUCUUUCCAUCUGUUGUCUCCUGGAUUCAUUCGACAGGACUCAUGCUGAUAAAAUAUUAUUAUUAUUACUGUAUGUACAUAGUAAAUGUUUCUAUGAGUAAGAUACACACAAAAUAACUUUUCUAUCAGAGAGAGGCAGUUUUACUAUUCUAUCAAGAGUCUAUCAAGUAAUAUUUUAGUUACCAAAAAAUAAAAUCUAAGUCAUGUUUUAUUUUUUUUUUUCAAGAUCGUAUGAGCUUUACUUUCUUUGUGUUGUGUGUUUAGUUUCAACAACUGUGAUUUUAACUUGUCUUACAGAAUGAAGUGCCUUCAUUACUGUGCUGAUUUUAGUUCACUUUUUUAAAAGGUUAAUUAAAGGACGGUGGGUAGGGGGGGUUGAAUUGGAAGUAUUUUAAAUUUGUAAAUUUAAAAAUGUAUGUUGCAAACAAGCUUUUGUAAAAUGAAAAAAGUCUGAUAUUUAUCAAAACUACCCUGUUUUGUUUUUUUCCUUAGCAUUAAAUUGAUAAAUUCGCCAAAGACAUUUGCAAUUUAAUGUGGUCUCUGUCUCAUCAGCAGUAAAGCUCUGACCCACAUCAAAACAAAAGUCCUGGUUUGUUUAACAACAAAAAAUAAAAAGAACAGGUUUGUGAUCACUGCUAGAUGUUAACUUCCUGAUGAAUCUUAGAAAUGAAAGAAGUUUGCUUAAUCACUUUAAAUUAAUGAGGUUUAAGAUUUUAUCAGGAUAUGAGUAUUGGGUUUAUUGUGAAGAAAUGCUGUUAUAACUGUACUGUACAACAUGAUUAAAGUUGCAAGUUUGCACACUGUCGAGUGUUAUCACGUUUUUACAAAACUCCUGCAUUUUUUGCAAAGCAUCCAUUAAGAAUAAGUAAUUUUUAUGCAUAUGUAUAUAUUAGGAUUU